CCGCCCCGCGGCUGGCCGCUGGCUCGGCGGCGCGGCAGGUGCCAGGAGCCGCCGUGGCCCCGCCCCCUCGCCCCUGUCUGAGGGCGGAGGCGUCGCGGCGGCAGGAGCCGGUGGAGUGGCCGCGGUUGCCGGGGGCAGUUGGCUGCGGGCCCCGCCGCUCGCCGUCUCCUGCCGCCUCUCCCCCCUUCCCGCAGCGCGCCCGGGGGCACUCGGGGGAGAGCGAGGAGAGAAGGCGAGACGCCGACCCUCUGGCGGCAUGAGCCGGCCUCACCGCGGGGCUGCGGGCAGCCGGGGCCUGGGCACCAUGGAGGUGAAGAGCAAGUUUGGAGCAGAAUUUCGACGAUUUUCUCUGGAGAGGUCCAAACCUGGAAAGUUUGAAGAGUUCUAUGGAUUAUUGCAGCAUGUACACAAGAUACCGAAUGUUGAUGUUCUAGUGGGAUAUACGGACAUUCAUGGGGACCUGCUGCCUAUCAAUAAUGAUGACAAUUAUCAUAAAGCUGUUUCCACAGCCAAUCCUCUACUCAGGAUUUUCAUUCAGAGAAAAGAAGAUGCAGACUACAGUGCCUUUGGUACGGAUACUAUGACGAGGAAGAAAAAUGUCUUAUCAAAUGUUUUACGUCCAGAUAAUCACAAGAAGAAACCACACAUUGUCAUUAGCAUGCCACAAGACUUCAGACCAGUGUCUUCUAUUAUAGAUGUAGAUAUUCUUCCAGAAACCCACCGUAGGGUACGACUUUACAAAUAUGGAACCGACAAACCCCUUGGAUUCUAUAUACGAGACGGCUCUAGUGUCAGAGUGACGCCACAUGGAUUAGAGAAAGUUCCAGGGAUUUUCAUAUCUAGGCUUGUCCCUGGAGGCCUGGCUCAAAGCACAGGUUUAUUGGCUGUCAAUGAUGAAGUACUGGAGGUGAAUGGAAUAGAGGUUUCAGGAAAAAGCCUUGAUCAGGUUACAGACAUGAUGAUUGCAAACAGCCGUAAUCUGAUCAUUACAGUAAGACCAGCAAACCAGAGAAAUAAUGUUGUGAGGAACAGUCGGACUUCUGGCAGCUCUGGUCAGUCUACUGAAUCUAGUCUUCCAAGUAGCACGCCAAAUAUUUUAACAAAUUUCUUGCAAGAAGAGGAGAGUGAUGAAGAGGACAUUGUUAUUGAAGACAGCGGUGAGCCACAACAGAUUCCAAAAGCUGCACCUACCAGCGAAAGCCUAGAGUCAUUGACACAAAUUGAACUCCUUCAUGAAUCAGCACAAAAUGGAUUCCUUCCUUCCAGUGAGAUGAACUUGAAUCAUUCAGCAGGCAAUGUUAGCAUGGAAUAUGAAGUACAAGAUGCAGAUCAUAAGUCAUUAGAAGAAGAUGGAACUAUAAUAACACUAUGAAAUUACAUUGGUGUACUUUGUAUUAAGUAAGGAUGCCAUACAUGUUUCAAUUUGGCUUAAUAUGUAAUACAUUUUAUACCUCUCCGUCUAUCAAGCACUGCAGUUAGAUUAAAAGGAGGGAAAAAAGUAAAUACAAGAAGUUCAAAAUUAUGUAAGUUGACUUAACUUCAGUUGAUUCUGCACUUCAAUGUAAAUACUUCACAAAGAUGGAAGCUAAUUAAUAACACUGCAACUGAAUGAGGAAAAUUUAAAUUGCAAAUGAAGGAUAGCUAAGAGAUGGCUGUGAGUUUUUUUUUUAAAGGUACUUGAUUUUUUUUAAAAUGCAGAAUACUACUGGUUCUAUAGAAGUACACUUGCAUUAUUAUGUGAGGUUGACUAAUGUACUGUGGUUUCAUGUUCAUCUGAAGUGCUGCUUACGUAUGAUGGGGCUGCUUUAGCCACUUCAUUCCUGUUCUGGACUGCUGUUUAGCUGGUAAAGCUGUUUGUGUAUUUGAGGAAACUGAAAAGUAAGCAUGAGGUGGGGUGGGAAGAGAUGUUUGUGGUUGGUCUAGUUCCCUGACUGACACAUUGAGCAAUAGGGAUAUGUGAUAGUGAUCAGCAACUUGACAACAGUCAGGUUUUGAAGGUGGGGGCUUCUGAAGUUGACUGUUCCUUUGUGAGUGAAUGUGCAACCACAGGCUCAUUAGUCAUGCACCUUUACGGUUUUUAAUGGCCAGGUAAGCUUACUUUUAAUGACUAUGAUUUUGAAAUUCAAAUGGGAAAGUCUUAACACUUAUGCAUCAAAGACCUGUUCUCACUUUAGUUUGCAGUAGUUAAGGAAAUAAUUGGAUUUAGUUGCUAAUGCCAGUAAAUUUCAAAAAAAAAUCAAAUGUAAACAUAAUGCUAUGGAAAUAACGUAAUCUGUUAAAAUCGCAGUCCUAGUAGAAGCUGUAAAGGUUUCUACUAGCAAAGGUUUGUUGUAGUGAGUCUGAAUUACCUAAGAAGUGACUUUCUUCAAACCCAAACAAGGUAGAACAGCUUAAAUCAGGUUAAAUCCCUGAAUUAAAAAAAGUUUUAAGUCAGAAUGAGCCUUUAAUAGAACUUGCUUGAGCCAUGUGAUACUAAAUUGUUCAUCAAAAUGGACAAAACUGUAAAUCUUGAUCUUUGUACCACUGGCUGGGUGUUUUGGAUAUUACGAAGUUGCUAUAUGUAAAACAGAACAUUGAUGACAAGUCCUGAUACUGCAAGUGCGUAAGUAUGCGUGUAAUCAGCUGCAAACUUCCUAGGAGAAUUGCAGGGAGAGGCUUCUAGUGUUAUUUUUCUCCUUUUCCCUUUUAGUAUUUCCUGCUCUACCACUUUGGUACAGUUCCCUGCCUGACCUGACCCUUCUCUGGGAACGUAAGUUGUGGCAGGAAAAUGAGAUGGGGACUAAUAGGAUUGGGGAGAAGGAUGGAUGGAGCGUCUCACCAGGGGUCCAGUAGUCUGUCAGCCUCUAAGGAGGAAGUAGGAUGCUACCAGUUCUGUACUGUGGUGCUGUGCUUAGCAGAGCCAGCAGUCUAGGUUCUUGGAAGCGUGUUCUGCCCUGUGGGGAGAUAUGAACAGGAAAGGAGACUAACCCCUUUCUUAUUUUCCCCUCAAUCUAUCUUGAGGAAACAUCUACCUCUGGUAACUUUACUAACAAGAGACUAACUGUAAGUUUAAUAUUAAGGCAUCUGUGAAAGUCUUUCUAGGCUAUCAGAGGCUAAAACUGUAUUUCUUUAAGAUUCUUGUAAUGAUGUAAACAAAAUUGCUUCUGAAAUUACAGCUGUUUAAUUUUACUAAAUGCAAAUUUUAAAUUCACAUCUCAUGAGCAGCGGCAUUUUCAAGCUUUCAAUACCAUUGGAAUUCCAAGUCUCAUAGAUGUCAAGAAAGCAUUCAUGCCCAUUUUGACUUCUGAAGAGUUAGCAUAACAGACAAUGGUACUCUGCAAAUACAGGUUAGAGGUCUGCUUCAUCAGAUUUAUUUAUGGCUUCUUCAGUGUGCAUGUGGAGAGGCCCUGGAAUCUCUUCCAAUGUGAGCAAGAAUUUUGAAGGAUAUUACCAGUUUUGCUUAUAAUUACUAAAAAUGAAGUAACUACAUCCACUUAUUGUGAAAUGAGGAAAAUAAGUGUUUAUUCUGCAACAUGUAGACUGUAAAUAUACAUGUUGUCUGUCAGUGCUGCUCUACACUUCCUUUAUUUAAGGAAGAUUGUUUACUUCAAAAUGUCUUUUUAUUUUCCUUUAACAAAACUUUCCUUCCUAUAUGAAAUCAUCAGUGGAGGGUGACUUUCAUUUAUUAUGCUAGUUUGCACUUCUGUGCCUUUUGUUUACUUGAAUGUAUUGUGAAUAAUCAAAGGAAUAAAGGCACUUGGUUGAGAAGAGGAAUGAGGUCCACAGAUACAGAAAAUGAACUGGUAGUGCGCUUAAUAACGGUGUAAUGUUUUCAGUCAGCAGAAAUACGUUAUGGGCCUAACGUUGUACAUGAGUAUUUUGCAGCUUGGAUAGUAGCUCUGAGCUAUUAACUUGCACAGGAGGGCUGAGUCCAAGAAUGCUGGUGUUGCAAGGUAACAUAUUGCUUAGGUACAAACACACAAGGUUAGUGUGCCACCAAACUCUACUUAAAAGAGAUGCAUGAAUAUUUUGAAUAUAUAUGCCAGUAUUAAGGGCUUGCAGAAAUUCACCUAGGGUCCUACUCUAAAUUGCAUGAGAAUUCAUCUCUUGGGACCUUCCUACAAACUGAUUAAUCUAAAUGUGAGGUUAUAUAACUUUUGACACGCAUCACGUUCUGAUUUACAGAAGUUUAGUAACUUGUAGUAAAACUAAGCAUUUGGUGGGACUUGGUAAAACCAUCAAAGAACGAACCUAAAAAUGGGUUUUUAAAAGUGUGUAUUUACAGUUAUGACGACAGACUGCACAGCAUGUAAUUGCUUAAUGCUGCAGUUACCAUAAAGUUUCUAAAGUUCUUCCAUAUCUUACUAAAUGCAUACACUGUUAAUUAUGAAGUACUUUUAAAUUGUUGCUUCAGGAUGAUCAAUGGUUGAUUAUGAGUGGCUAAACUUAAUUUUAUAUAUAAAUGAUACUGGGGUUCAGUAUAAGGUUUUUUUUAAAAUAUGCUGAUAUUGUUAGCCUUUCAUUCACUACCUCCUAAAUUUUUAACAUCUUUACGGUUUUCUCCCUGGAAGAAAAUACUUAAAGGCUUGACUGUUUUAUAUAGAUUUUAUCUUUAGCUAAAGAAAGACAAAAUCCAAAAGUGAUAGUGAGGAUGCUACGCAUGAUUGACAAUAUUACGCUGCUAUUAAUGUAAUCUUUGUGUAUUAAGUAUUCUGUAUAUGUAAAUUGUAUUUUCAAUCCAGUUUUUAUAAAUUAAUUUAUAAAUAUCCAAAUUAUUUCAAAAUGGAAUGGAAAACUAAAAUUCCUUUGACUAGUGUUAUAUGUUGUGUACCUGCACAGUGGGGGGACAAGUCAUUCCUUACUUAUGACUGGGACAUUUAAGUGCACCUUAAUAGGAAAAAGAACACAUUCUUAACAGAAUUAAGAUGCAUUUACUUUGAAGUUCUGCUAUGGUACUGGAAAAGUCAAGCCUAACUGUGAAUAUGUUUUUUUCCACAGCUGAAUUAAAUUUAGGACAAUGUUCUCACAAGCUGUCUUUAACAUGUGUAUUUUUGUGAAUAUUACGUAUUUUCUAAUUAAAUUUUACUUGCAAUGUGAUUUUUACAUUAUAUGAACUUGUUUAAAAUGUCAAAUAUCAGUAUUUUUCUUACAACUUUAAUGUAUAAUGUACAUUGGUAUCUCACUGAAUGAAGAUUGAUUUUACAAAAUCAAGCUAGAUGUAGUUGUAUAUUAGUCUUAUAUUUUUACAGACUGGAAUAAUAAAUGGAUAUAGAAAUAAAAUUGUUU